GUGAGGGAAAAUGUUGGUGGGAAGAAACCAAGUAUUGUGGAGGUGAAGAGGGCGAUACAUCAGAUAAUACAUUAAGACUGACUCUCGACCUGACCGGACUUAUAUUUUCUAGUCAGACACUGAAUGAAGUGGCUUGCUUACAACUGGAGACUACUACUAUAAGAUUUUGAGGUCAGACCCUGUAAUUUGAUGCAUAGCAGCAGAUGGGAUUGCUUCACAGAUAUCACCUUCUUCUCUUUCUGCUUCUACAUGCCAUUUGCUUGCUCGCUCAUCAGGUCAAAUCUCUAGAUGAGAAGGAUCUGCUUCGAGGAUUAAAUAGUUAUCGAGCAUCCUUAAACUUGAGCGCCCUUGCGGACAUCAAUAAUGCAAAUUGUUUUGCUUAUGAAGUAGCAAAUCAGCUCAAGAAUCAGCCAUGUUCAAAUACCACAGGUGCAGACACUGUUCCUGGCAUGGAACCUCAGUUUUCCAACUAUCCAGACCUACUCGCCAAAUGCCACCUGAACAUCACCGACACCAGAGACGGGAGCCUAAUGCCGGCUUGUGUUCCCAAGUUGGUCCCAGACCUUGUGCUCUCAAACUAUACAAAAACCCAGUACUCACAGUAUCUUAAUGACAGCACUUACACUGGAGCAGGGAUCGGUUCAGAAGGGGACUGGGUGGUUGUCAUGUUAACCACAAACACCGUUGGAGGAAGCUUCACCCCUGCUGUGAAUGCAGCAAGUUCAGUUUCUAGUACCGGUUUCCCACAAAACUUGAUACCUUUGAUGUUGGCCUUCAUUAUUCUUGUGCUUCUCUGCUGAGUCAGUUGAGAGUCAAGAUCCUAUCUGAUUACUCCUUGAUUCUCGCUGUGUAUUUUUGACUUGUUGCUUUCAUAGGUCAGGCUAUUAGUUAGGUAGAUUGCUAUAUUUUAUCUUGAACAAAGUAGGACAACCUAAGUAGGAUUCCUUAGGUUUAACGAGUUUUUAGGAAAAAAUAUCAAUCAUACUCUUGUAUUGAUUUAUGAAUCCUAUAUUUAUACAAGUAUGUUGUUGAUCUA